AAUAUUGUAACCCCCAUGAGCGAAUCGAAGGAGAUGAUUUCAAGUUUUUACGAAAAGAUCGUGGGUACGUCGCCUCCACCUGAGCCCAAUGAACCUAAAAUACUUUGUGUCGGCCUGAUCUGCCUGGACAUUGUGCAAGUUUGCAAACAAUUCCCAGCUGAGGACAGCGAUCAGAGAUGCGUCGCGCACAGGUGGCAGCGCGGAGGAAAUGCUUCCAACAACUGCACCGUUCUAUCUGAAGCUGGGAAUUCGUGCGAGUUUUUGGGUACACUAAGCGCGGAGCAGCAUUUAAAUUUUUUACAAGAUGAUAUGCGCAAAUGUAAAAUAAACUUUGCACACUGCCCGACGGUGGAAGGAUUUGGCUGUCCAACUUCAACAGUCAUCCUGAGCCUUAAUUCGGGAAGUCGAACUAUUCUGCACUACAAUCCGAAUUUGCCAGAAUUGAGUUUGGAAAAUUUUGAGAAAUUAAAUUUGGAAGAAUAUAGUUGGAUUCAUUUUGAGGGAAGGAACGUGGGCACGGUUUUGUCUAUGAUCAAGCAUGUAGAGACGUACAAUAACUCGGUGAAAUUGGCUUCGAAGGACAUUAAAAAUCGUCUCGAUCCUGCACUUUCAAUGCCGAUCACUAUUAGCAUUGAGUUGGAAAAAUCUGACGAGCAGCUUUUGGACCUGCUGCCUUACGUAGACGUCACUUUCGUCGGCAGAACAUUUGCCCAAUUUAGAGGAUUUGACAAUAUGACCGAAACACUGAGAAGAAUAUCUCAGGAAGCCAAGUCCGGAGCAACCAUAAUUUGUGCAUGGGGCGACAGGGGUGCCAUGGCGCGUACGCCCGAUGGCCGAAUUGUCCAAUCACCUGCGUUCCCCCCACACAAGAUUAUUGACAGCCUGGGAGCUGGGGACACGUUUACCGCAGCGAUACUUUUUUAUCUGAACAGAGUCAAGCUACAGCCAACAUUGUCAAACAGAAACGACUCUGAUCUCGCAAGAAACACUAAAGGCGCAGAAGCCCAGUCAGAUCCGAAUACAGAGUUACAGUUGAACGAGGUGAAGCGUAAAAUAACACAAAAUUACAACAUCGAAAGCCUUGAAGUGAGUCUGACGGAGUUUAUAGAUUGCACUGUUUUGCAAAACGCCGUUACUUUUGCUUGCAAAGUUGCCGGGGCGAAAAUUGGGCUAACUGGUUACGAGGGACUUGGCAACGUUUUUAAAGAUCUCUUGAAAGAUUAACUUGACACCAAAGUUUACACGAUGCCAUGCGCACAAUAUGGGUGAAAGUACUUUUUUUAAUUUCUUUUGCACGGCAUCGUGCGUGGUAUACAGUAAAAUAGAUGCGCAAAGUGUUUAUCACUCUUUGUUGAAUUUUCAACUAAAUAUAGUUUAUAUAUUUAUAUAUCUGUGACAUAAAUACCGCAAGGAGAAAUAGAGAGAACCGUGCGGUUAGUUGGGCUGGUAGCAUAACUAUCGGUCCUUAGCUUAUCCAGCUGGGAAGUCAGUCAACUCAAUUCUCACGAAAUUCCGAGAGAUCGUACAAUUUAGCGAUAAUCUUACGUUAUAAAUCUGUGUUGUAACGCACCCACGCGCGCAUGUACACGCGCAAUGCUUGGUGAUGUGUAUAUACUUCCAUUGUUUCUUUAUAUACAUAUAUACAUACAUACAUAUAUAUAUAUAUAUAUAUAUAUAUAUAUAUGUAUAU